UCCUCCGCCGCCGCGCGGGGGCCGGUGGCGGCGGCGUCCGCGAAGGCGAGCGGGCAGCCGCCCGUGCCCGGCGCCACGCGGCUGCUGGACGGCCUGGGCCAGGCGCUGGGCCUCAGCCCGCAGCCGCAGCCCACCAGGCCCGCCCCAGCGCCCGCAGCGCAGCCUGUGCCCGUGGCGAUCAUCCAUCCGGGCCACUCUGCCAGGAAAGAGCAGCUGAUCGCGGAGGCCACCAGAGGCCUCCGGGAGCGCUGGACGCUGGCCCUGGACCCCGUGGUGGACGACCUGAGCGCGCAGGUGGGCAGGAAGGCGGAGCUGCAGGCCGCCGCGGCCAAGGUCGACGGGCAGAUAGCGGGCCUCCGGCAGGCCGCGGCCGACGCCGAGCGGGACGCGGCCGACCUGGCGCGUGCAGAGGCUGGCCUGCGGGCCUUCCUGGAGGGGCGCGGGCCCUCCGGGCCGGACGCCGCGGGCCUGCGGGGGGCGCAGGAUCCCGACACGCAGCAGGUGCUGAACUGCCUGGCCGAGGAGCACGCGUUGGAGGAGUUCCUGGUGGCGCUGGACGAGCUGCUGGCCGCGAAGCUGGUAUCCCUGGAGGCCUUCCUGCGCGAGGUCCGCGACGCGAGCCGACGGCAGUUCAUGUGCAGGACGCAGAGACAGAAGGCCGCCGCCGCGGUGUGGGCCGCGCACCCCGCCGUCGGCUGCUGA